AGUCUUGUCUGCUUGUUUGCUCUCAGCAUGCUCGUAAAAGGAGCACACUACGUACAGUUGAAUUCGAUGACCACCUCUAGCAGUGCGAUGUUCCCUCAAGGCUACACCAUAGCAGAACCGAUGCGGGCAGCCCUGGAGGAGGCGUACAACAAAAAAAAGGAAUACCUGAACAGUCGUGUGGCGCCGCUCUACGCGUCGACCAACCCUGCGGCUCUCUGGAACGCCAUUGUGAAGCAUCGCCUCAAGAGCGAAAAGGACGGCGGUGCGGUGGACUCGUACGACGACCUUGUCUUGAACUACGAAGGCUAUCGCAACAUGGUAUACGAAAUCUUAUUUCGCAGCUCGCCAGAGGAGGAAGCUGCUGCGAGGCUGCAGGUGAAAGAAUGGCGGCGCAGCGUCUACUUCAAUCACCCUUUCUUGUCGCCUGCCACAUUCCUGGCCUUCGCCCGCUCCUCCAGCGCAGCUGUGGCAGCGGUGCCGCUGUACGCCUUCGCUGCCAAACGCCUGCUGCUGUUUCGCAUUCGAGUCGAGUUAGAGCUCGACGCCUCGGUACCGCCGCCCAUUUUCCUUGACCGCGCCCAACGCGCCGCAGGUGGCCGGCUGCCCUGCCCGCCGAGCGGGUCUUCCCCGCUUUCGAACGGGCUGACGCAGGAGGACAUUGAAAUGUUCAUUGCGGACCUCGUGCCGAACCUGCGUUUAGUGCGAGACAUGCCACCGUGGAUGCUGCCGUACUACCUGUGCCACGCAUCACGCAAGUUUAUGUUCAUGUGCGACAGUCGUGGGGUCGGGGCAAUACCGAUCGACGUGUUUAUGAAGAGCGAAGUCUUUUCAGAGCUGCUGCGCAUGUUCGAGAGUGACGCGCAGGACGCGAUUAUUUGUUUUCCUGAGGGCUGCGUCGUCGAGGUGCCGGCCUCCGUCGCGUCUGGCGAGGCCGAGUCCGACGACACGGUGCCUGCCUUAGUCCUGUCCUACGAAGGCAAUGGAAACACAGCGGGAGACGUGUACCAGGUGCAACUGCUCGACAGCGACGUUAAGCUAAGCGUGACGCGGGAUCGCCUCUACUGGAGCACGGCGUCGAUGGACUACGUCUCGCCCGACGCGCUGAGCAUGGACAAUUGGUUUUCCUUGGCGCUGAUGAGCCGCAUCUAUGAACACUUCACCGCCCUAGACACCGACGGCGACGGCGUCCUCACACGCGAGGAACUCUCCCACUACAGCAACGACAGCUUCACGCAGCUUUCCAUUCAACGCGUCUUCGAGUGCCACGUCAGUCACAGCGGCAGCCGCCACAUUAUGGACUACAAAACGUACCUGAACUUUGUCAUUGCCACAGAGCACGCCGCGACACGGCCGGCGAUGCGCUACAUAUGGGACCUGCUUGACUUGGACGGCACAAAAACGUACAUCAAAAUCACAACGCUCCGCUGCUUCUGCAAAGAGAUCGCCAACGAGCUCAUCGCGAACGGCCUCAUGGUGGACAUCUCAGCACAGUCGAUUCUGUCCGAAAUUGUCGACAUGAUCAACCCUGCCUGGCAUGAAUGGGUAACGUUCGAGGACAUUGAGAAGUCGGGUCAGCAGGUGACUGUUCUUCCUAUUCUGCUGAGCCACCGCAACUUUUACGCCUACGACUGUCGUGAGCAGACCGCCGCGUCGGCCAACGAUGAGUUCACGGAUAUCCCGGAAAAGUAG